GUGUAUAAUUGCCCGGAGCUCGUCGUUGGCAAAGUCCCCAACAAACUUCCAAUUCCAGUACAUUGCGCUUAGCUAUACAAAUUACAAUGGCAGCUCCUGCAAACGAUGCCGAGGAGAUAUCAGAGGCCGAGGAGGAGGAGCAUAAGCUGCCGCCUCACCCCACCACGCCGCAGCAAAAGUCCAGGAAGGACUACGCGCCGCCACCGUACCUCAUUGCAAAUGUGGACCUGGAUUUUGACCUGCGGGAAGAGGCCUGCACCGUCACCAGCCGGCUCACCGUGACGCCCAACUACGGGCAGCUUCCUGCGGGCGCCGCGCCGCCGCCUCUGGUCCUGGAUGGGCGCAAGGACGUGAAGCUGGUGUCUGUGGCAGUGGCUGGCCGGAAGCUGGAGGCGGGGGAGUACCAGCUGACGGACAAGACCCUGACGCUAAGCGGCCUGCCCGAGGGCGAGUUCGGUGUGGAGGUGGUGACGGAGCUCAAGCCGCAGGACAACACGCUGUUAGAGGGACUGUACAAGUCCAGUGGCAACUACAGCACCCAGUGUGAGGCCGAGGGUUUCCGCGGGAUUACCUACUUCCUGGACCGACCCGACGUCAUGGCCAAGUACACCACCCGCAUCGAGGCCGACGCCGCCGCCUACCCGGUGCUGCUGGGCAACGGCAACCUCAAGGAGACCGGGCAGGCGGACGGCGGCAGGCACUACGCGGUGUGGGUGGAUCCCUACCCCAAGCCCUGCUACCUGUUUGCGCUGGUGGCUGGCAAGCUGGCCAUGAAGGAGCGGCACUUCACCACCUGCAGCGGGCGGGAUGUGACGCUGCGCAUCUUCGUGCAGGAGCGCAAUCUGGGCAAGGCUGACCAGGCGCUGGAGUCGUUGAUCCACGCCAUGAAGUGGGACGAGGACACGUACGGCCUGGAAUACGACCUGGACCUGUUCAACAUCGUGGCGGUGGACGACUUCAACAUGGGCGCCAUGGAGAACAAGUCCCUCAACAUCUUCAACUCCAGCCGAGUGCUGGCCUCGCCCGCUACCGCCACCGACCUGGACUACAGCCGACUGGAGGGGGUGGUGGGUCACGAGUACUUCCACAACUGGACCGGCAACCGCGUCACCUGCCGCGACUGGUUCCAGCUCACGCUCAAGGAGGGGCUCACACGCUACCGCGACCAGGAGUUCACCUCGGACAUGAACAGCCGGGCCGUGAAGCGCAUUGAGGACGUCAUGCUGCUGAGGGCGUCCCAGUUCACGGAGGACGGCGGCCCCAUGGCCCACCCGGUCCGCCCUGACAGCUACAUCAAGAUGGACAACUUCUACACACUGACCGUAUACAACAAGGGCGCUGAGGUGGUGCGGCUGUAUGAGACGCUGCUGGGCAAGGCCGGCUUCCGCAAGGGCAUGGACCUGUACUUCCAGCGCCACGACGGCCAGGCGGUCACCUGCGACGACUUCCGCGCCGCCAUGGCGGACGCCAACGGCGUCAACCUGGACAGCCUCGGCGUGUGGUACGGCCAGGCCGGCACGCCGCACCUGCACGUGCGUACGGCGUACGACGGCAUCAGCCAGACCUACACGCUCACGUGCCGGCAGCGCACGCCGCCCACGCCGGGGCAGCCCGACAAGCGCCCCGUGCUGAUCCCCAUCCGUCUGGGGCUGCUGGGGCCGGAUGGCUCUGACUUGCCGCUGCGGCUGCGGCACAAGGACGGCUCCGUGGAGGACCUGGGCACCACUGGCGUGCUGCGCUUUGAGACGGCCGAGGCGAGCUUCACCUUUGUGGAGGUGGGGCCGGCGGAGCCCGUUCCCUCACUGCUGCGAGGAUUCUCCGCACCGGUCAAGCUGGAGGUGGAGGGCCAGACCGACGAGCACCUCUACUUCCUGCUGGCCCACGACUCCGACCCCUUUAACCGGUGGGAGUCGGGCCAGAGGCUGGCGCGCAAGCUGCUCAUGAGGAUGUACCACGCAGCCGCAGCGGCGGCUCCCGCCGCCAACAGCGCUGACGGCGGCCACGAGGCGGCAGCGGCGAAUGGCCUGCAGGGCGACGAGCUCAGGGCACGUGUGGAGUUGGCCUGCGCGGCCUUCGGUGGCGUGCCGGACUCGCUCGUGGAGGCGUACCGGGCGGUCGUCACCGACCCGGCUCUGGACGGAAGCUUCAAGGCCAUGGCAAUGUCGCUGCCCACACUGAAUGAGCUGAUGGAGGGUGUGGAGGGCGGUGCCGACCCUCCACUGCUGCACGCGUGCCGCCUGGCGUUGAGCCGGGCGCUGGCGGGAGUGCUUCGGCCGGAGCUGCAGGCAGCCGUCAAGGACAACAGCGACCCGCCCGAGCAGCCGUACAGAUAUGCCGCUGAUGCCUGCGCUCGGCGCGCACUUAAGAACCGGGCGCUGGCGCUGCUGUCCACUCUGGAGGACCCGGCCAUUACCGCCGAGCUGCUGCGCCGCUUCAGGGAGGCCACCAACAUGACAGACGAGAUCGCGGCGCUGGGCUGUCUGGUGGAGCUGUCGGGUCCGGAGCGCGAGGCCGCCCUGACCGCCUUCUACGACAAGUUCACACACGACCCCCUGGUGCUACUCAAGUGGCUGGGACUGCAGGCUGGCUCCAACGCGCCUGGCAAUCUGGAGCGCGUGCGGGCGCUCACCUCCCACCCCGCCUUCAACAUCUCGAACCCCAACAACUGCUACGCGCUGCUGCUGGGCUUCAGCCACUCGCCCGCCCACUUCCACGCGGCCGACGGCAGCGGCUACGCCUUCCUGGCGGACGCAGUGCUCAAGGUGGACGGAAUUAACCACCAGGUGGCGGCCCGGCUGGUGGCCCCCUUCAGCUCCUGGCGUCGCUACGACCCGCCCCGGCAGGCGCUGAUGAAGGCGCAGCUGCAGCGCAUCCUGGAGGCCCCGAGGCUGAGCGAGAACGUGUUUGAGAUUGCAAGCAAGUCGCUUAAGGCGGCGUAAAGGAGUCGUUGACGAGCGGAAAAGCGGGCGAUGAUGGGAGGCAGAGGCGGUGGUAUGUGUCAGUCGCGCGUUGAGGUGCAAUGCGGGUGAAGGUGGGGUGCUAGGGACCUACGGGGUGGCGUGUGUGUUGGGGCAGAGGCGCCAGCUACGCCAGGGCAUGCGCGACGCCAUGCAGCACGUGUUCGGCGACGUCUGUCCCAGGACACAACCUUAAUUUUUCUCAAUAGAGUACUUGAUACAUACUGCAAAAAAGACGUUUCCUCCUCAGCAAAGCUGUCACUCUUAACCCGGAAAGUUGAUAAUAAUGCAAAUAGCCUGCCUCUCGUGUCUACUUAUCACAGCUUGACAAGCUGGUGACCAUGGUGCCUGAACUCGUUCCACCUCUAGGACGUGGAGGCGGUGAGGCAGUGGUCGCAGAAAUGCGGCCUCUUCUUGCGGUCAGCGCUCCCCUCCUGGCUGAGCUGUUAUCGACACAACGAUUCAUG